AUCAGAAGCCACCAUUACCCUUCCCUCCAAGAACUAGGAAGUCUAUGAUCUUCCAUGAAGCGGACUACAAAAGAGUUGAUCAGUAUGUCAGUAAAAUGCCAUCUAGUCUGAACUACCAAACAUUCGCAGCUCUUGUGGAAUAUUUAACAGCGCCUGACACAUGGGACAGUAUCGCUAAAGUUCGCGCCAUUUUCAGAUGGGUGACGUCUGUGGAUGUGUUCAGAAUGCAGCUGAGCCGCCAGCCUCCGAGGCACUCACCCAUGGAAUAUUUCCAACGGAUACAGAACAAUAUGGGUAAUCACGCUCAUUUGAUGGCAGGGCUGUGUCAACUGGCAGGGAUCCCUUGUGUCAUCGUGGGUGGUAUCAACAAAAGUGCAGCGUACGAGAUAGGGAAGUCGCUGAACAAAGAGAGGAUGAGUGCCCAGUGGAACGCUGUCUUUGUUGGUGGCAAUUGGCGGUUCAUCGAUGCAUUCUGGGCCAGCGCCUGUGUUGUGGGCAAGAAAACAGGUGAGUGGGCGCUGGUCGAUGCAGACGGCGAUGUCGAAGAGCAAGAAGAAAACGCCAACGAGGGAGAAACACAACACAGAAUCAACGAAUUCUAUUUUUUCCCGGACCCUGAUCAGUUAAUCUGGACUCACUUUCCUGACCAACCCCAGUGGCAGCUACUGGAAAAAAUUGUCACCCCCAAGGAAUUUGAGACACAUUUCUAUGUUAGAGAAAGAUUUCACAUCCUAGGUAUGGGCAUUGUUCCGAGAACCAAAAUCGCCUGCAUCCAGGAAACUAAAGAUGGGGAGACGGAACUCUGCUUUGGGCUGCCAGCAGAAAGAAGCAGCAACCAUCGCUUCAAGUACAUGGUGUACCGGUCUCGCAGCGCUGCCACCCAGACUAAAAUUGACAUGUUCUUUGACAGAUUCGUUCUGUACGAGAAGCAGAAAGAUUUUCUCAGGUUCUCUCUGAGGUUUCCGGUGAAAGGAAGCUUCAAAAUAGAUAUAUAUGGAUUGGAUGUCAAAGAUGGAGAUGUAUUUGAUCUGUGUUGCACCUAUAUUAUCGAAUGCCCACAAGCCAAACAUAAUUGCCUGCCUUACCCCGAUUGUCCUCCGAUAGGUUGGGGUCCUGUGUCAGAGACCGAAGAAGCUGGAUUGAAACCUCUGUCCCAUAAACAAGCUGAAAUUAUAACAAAAGAUGGCAUCGUCGAGAUCAAACUUGCCAAAGAUCGGAAUCUUGCUUUUUACCAGUUACUGAAGCAUUCGCUUCUGGAAGACACCACACUAAUAAAGUACUCGGCUGCUGAGUUGACAUCCAGUGAAGCUCUUGUGCAUCUAAGAUUACCUCAAAAAGGUGAAUAUGCUUUAAAACUGUAUGCCCAAGAUUUAAAGAAGCAAGGACCUGCACAAAAUAUUCUCAACUACUUAAUUAACUGCAGUAACGUCAACCCCCAAACGACACCAUUUCCUAACUUAUCAACCGGACUUAUAGGCAGAAAUCCUUUAACAGACAAGAGCUUUGGGGUGCAAGCAAUAUCACAUCCAGAAGCUCAUAUCAACGCCAAGAAAGGGACAGUUAAAAUUGAGUUCAGAGCAGAUCUGGAUGUGGAGCUUCUCUGUGAGAUGCACACAAUUGACAGUGAAGCUUCAAGAACAAUGACACACAACGUGUAUAACAGUGGAGAGAAUUGGACGUUUGAUCUGGAUAUGCCUAUACCUGGGGAGUACGCGCUGAAUGUGUUUGCUCGAAGCAAAGAAGAUUCUAGUCAGAUUUACAGUGUUCACUCUUAUUUAAUUAAUUCUGACGGGAAGAAGGGAAGUGUAACCAUUGAAGGCGACGAUGACGUGGAUACAUCAAUACCAACGGAAACACUUGAAACAAGUGAAGCAGAGGUGACCAUCCCAAUGCCACAACACUGCAAGCGACCGGUUGCCUUGUUUUACAGACGAAACGGAUAUGACCCGCCUGACCCCAGUCAGGUCAACUUCUUCUCCACUGACGACGUGAACAUGGUCAAGGUCAAAUUAAAGAACUAUGGGGAAUACAUGCUGAAUCUUUACGAUUCCGAAGAGAAUGGAAAGAAGGUCAAGAAUAUUGCCAAGUAUCAGAUCAACAGAAAGCGACCAGGAGAUAUUUACACAAACAUCAACACAGCCAUGGAUGCCAUCAAAACUAGCACUCAGUCGGUCAAAUCAAGCAAGGAAGUCAGCUCUCUCACUUCUGAAGACGAAGCGCAAAUGAAUGCCCGGAGAAACAUACAAAACGCAAUGGAUUUGAAGGACAUUCGCCAUCUGGAAGAAGCGAUUAAAUCUUUUCUGGCUGUGGGGGGAAGCGACAAUGACCCACUGGUGAAGAAACCCCGAAGUCUGUUGGAAGUUCUCAAGGCCAAACAAGAUUUGAAUGAAGCCUCACAGCAGAGAAAUCUGGCAAAGCUGGAGAAAGCCAUUACACGAGCCAAGAGAGCAAACUCCAACCAUGACCUGGAUGCACAGAUCGCCUUGGCUGUCAGACUUCGAGAUCAUUUAGCAAAGAUCGAUAGACUGAGACAUGCUGUGUUGACCAUGGAAGCCAAGACUAUAGCAGAGAUACGAUCUUACUCGAAUCCCCCAGACGGCGUCCACCAGUGCUUGAUAGCUACAUGUUUGCUACUUGGCUACCAGUACAAAGAAGUCAAGAUCUGGCAGAAAGUCCAAGUUCUGUUGGGGAAGAUAGGAAAAGAUUCUGUGAUGAGAAAGAUCUCAAAUUUCGACGCCGCGGCUGUGCCGUUGAAAAGAGCCCAGCUGGCAAAGAAGAUAGUUCAACCGUACAACAAAAAUCAAAUCAGGGAUGUCAGCGCGGGAGCUGCUACUUUCUACGUAUGGGCAGUCGGAAUGAUAGAAGAAGUGGAGACUUAUGGUGGGACAGAACAGUCGGACCCUUUGCGCUUGAUACAGUGA